AUGUGUCUUCUUCCUGAUAAAUCUAUAUUUUGUUAUGGCAAUUAUCCUGGAGAAGGGACAGCAUUUAUAUUGUAUCCAGAUAGCAGUAUUAAACUGCUUUCAGAUGGAGAUCCGUCAUCAAACAUGGGUGCUGUGUAUCAUGAUGGCUUUAUUUACUUAUUUGGAGGAUCUAAUGCUAAAGGUAAGACAUGGAAUAAAGCAGCAAAAUAUGAGCUAUCAACUGAUAAGUGGUAUAAAAUUUGCCCUCUGAAGGAAGAUCUAAGCCGCGUUUCAUGUAUUGCAGGCAAUUAUGGAAUCGCAUUUGUUGGGUAUAAAAGUAGCAAACUAUAUUUAUAUAAUCAUAAGCAAGAUAUUUAUAAUGAAAUUUAUCUCAACUUUGCAGCAAAUACUGAUAAAGUCAUGCUCCAGGCCGAAAAUCGAGUAUUUUUAAUCGAAUCAGGAAGAAACAUAUAUGAAAGCAAACCAAAUCAACUAAGAAAUUGGAAAACUAUAGGAAGAUCGCAGAUUAGCUAUAGUUAUAGAGCAGCAUAUCAAGUUUAUUUCAAUCAAAGUUGCUAUUUCAUGGACAUUAAUGAUAAACUAUAUAAAUUUGAUAUGAAGAGCUUACAAUUAACGAUGACUCAGGUAUAA